AUGCCUCAAUCCUCGUUUGACAGGAUUGCUAAUCUCAUUAAUGAAGCAUCUUUAACACUUUCAACUAGUGUUAAAGUAACUAAUUUGCUUCAAGUGAAGGAAUUGCUAAUACAUCGCGAAAGCUCUUUGUUGGACAGCUUUUUUGAGGAGGUUGUUAAAUUUCAACACGAUCCUAAUUCUGAAGUUAAAAAAGCUGUAAUCGGCUUCAUCGAAGAAGCUUGUCGUGUUGAUACAGGUCUACUGAAAAGAGCAGUUGGCUCAUUAUUCUAUCUCUUUUCUACAGCAAUCCAACAAGAACCACCAUCUAUCAGUUUAUUAAAGCGUCUUAUGUCAUCAAUGAUCCCAAUAUAUCGUACUGCUUUAUCAUGUGCUGUUAAAAUUGGUAUAAUUGAUUCUGGUGUAGCAAUCGGGAGUGGUAGUGGAAUCACUGCCAAUUCAACAGCUGAUAUCGCUUUGGAAACAUUUCGUAGUUUAGCUGGACUUAAAGAUGAACUUGUCCGAUUGAUGUUACCAAUGGAAGUAUCAGGAACAUCAGUUUUUGGUCAAUAUCAUCCUUCAAUCUUGCAUAGUGAUGUGAUACGAAUUCAAGCAAUUAGUCUUAUUCAAUGUGUAAUUAUUUUACACUCUCGUCGUCUACCCAACUCUGAAAUCCCACGUGCCAAUGAAGGUGAUAUAUCCUUAGAUCAGAUACCAGCGCUUACAAAUACCCAGUUACAGUCUAUCCUAGAGGCGAGUACAGCCGCUUCAUCAGCUACUCUUCUUCCCGGUGUUUGUUUAGUUAGACCGCAUCGGUUGGCAGAGGAAGCUGAACGUUUAUUCGCCGGUUUAUCAAGUUGGCCUGUACGUGGAAAGCCUAGUGUUACUGCAGGAUCAGUCACAUGUCCAGUUGUUGAAGCAGUAAUGGAUUCAUUAGUGAAUAUUGCUAGACAAAGACCACAAUUUAUGGAUCGUGUUGUGCAAGCAUUUGAAACAGUUCAUGUAACCUUACCGCCUCACUUCUCUGAUAAUCAAGUUAGUUCUGUGAGGAAGAAGUUAAAAAAUGGUUUACUACAGUUAUUACGACAUCCAGCUGGUGUAUCUGAUUUUCAAGGGCGAAUCACAAUACUGCUAACUGAUCUGGGCGCUACUCAAGCAGAGGUAUUACAAGCAUUACAAAGUCAUACAGAAUUAUCACGUUCACGUCUUUAUCCAGAUCCAAGUACAUUUAUGGUUAGUCGUAUAGAACCAGGUUCUUUAGAUCAUGGGGAUGUUGACAUGCGACAGCAGCGGCAACAACAACUUCUUCGCCAGCAAUCAAUACCUCCGGUUACACCAGCUUCUUCAUCCACUGUUGUCUCUACAACCACUCAGUCAAGUAAUAUACAGCCAACUGAUAUGAAAACAUCCUUCAGUAGUAGUCAAUCACAAGCUACUUUGUCAGCAACAGCAACACCGUCGACAACUGCAGUAACCAUUUCUGCUACACCAUCUUCUACAGAUUCUACCAAGUUACAGACAGAAUCAACAUCAAGUCAGAAAGAUGCACCGACAACUUCUGGCGGAUUCACAUUAGCUGAGGCAGAAGCAGCUCUUCGAUUCGACGAUGAUGAUGACGACGAUGAAGAUGAUGAAGACAUUCAGAUACCUCGUUCAUCUAGACGUCUAAAAAAGAAGAAGAGACGGUUAUCUACUACUACUACUACUAAUACAGGGAAUCUAACACCUGGUGGUGGUAGUGGUAAUAAAUCGAUCACUUCAAAAACUGGAUCUACAGAAGUUAAAAGUCAAAUGCCACAAGUUGAUAUGAUCACAUCAAGAAUAGUACCAAAACUGACAACAGCUAAUGUCGCUGAUUUAGUUUUACUCAGUAUGGUCACUUUACCCGAUCAAAUGCCUGCAUCAUUUCAUUCGACGUAUACACCGAUAGCAGCGGCUGGAACAUCAGCACAAAUACGUCAUUUAGCCCGUAUGCUUGCUGUCCAACUGAGUGUAUGGGCUGGUGAAGGUGGACAGUAUGAAGUAGCUGAUCGGAUAAAUCAAGUGGAGACGCUGUUAAUUCCUGUUGACGAUGCAGAUGAUGAUCGUGGUGAUAGCCAAGGCAUACGUAAACGUAGCUUCAAAAGUGAACCACGUGCCUCUGAACAAGGCAGUGAUAUGCAGAAAGAAUCGAUGAAAUCUAAAAAACGACGUUUGCAUAUGUUAGGUGGUCAGACAUCGGCUGAAAAUGAUCCAGAGGCGGAGGAUGCUGUAAUUCGUGCUAAUGCUGCACGUAAAAUGCACACUGCACAAACCAUGAAUAUCUCCACCCUCGUUGGAUAUGGUACACAACAACAACAAAUGAUCAAUGAAUCUUUGGAUAUGAAGAUGCUUCCACCUGGUGUACCUGGUGGUGGUGGUGGUAUGAUGCCAAUGUUCCCAGGUCAGAAUACCAUGUCGUUGCCGCCUACAAUGCCACCAAAUAUGCUGAUGCCUGGCUUUAAUCCCUCUCAACCGCCACCACCGCUAAUGCCUAUGAUGAUGCCACCGGGUAUGAUACCACCACCACCGCCACAACAACAACAAACACCUUCACAACCAACAGUAAUGUCAGGUCAAGCAACACUUGGCAAUGUGCCUUUCAAUCAGUAUACCAGUUCAACUAUACAUAUGCCUCAGACGGAUUUAAUUGUCCCUUCAUCUGUUCGACCAUUUUCACUCGACGCUGCAAAUGCUUUUCUCAGUCGUGAUGUUCAACGUCAGUUGGCGCGUGAUGCAUUCAUGCGUAUUUUAGAGGGUUUCGAGACACCAUUCACCCGUCAUCAAUCCCUUAAUGAUGGAACAAUUGUUCCUACACCAGCUGGAACUGAUUUAAUUACUGGUCACAUUGAUAUCAUUAGAAUGAAGCUAUUAACACGGCUUACAACACGUCGUUUCGGUGGAAAUGAAUACUAUAAUAUACUAAUUGAUCAUGCUAUCAAAAAUCUUCGCUAUGGUUUCGAAUUAUUAUCAAGAUUACUUAUGCAAGAGUAUUGUCGUUACCGUGGUUUCCAGUUAGCUGGUUUUAGUGCAUUUAUGGAUUCACGUCGACAUCAGUUAUCUGUGUUAAGAGAACAAAUACGUAAACGGUUGGAAUCAUCUACAGAAAAUGGUUGUAAUAAUAGUGAUAAUCAUAAUUCAUGUGAGAAAUUAUCCAAAACCGAUGACAAUGACAAAAGCCUGUUGUCAGAUACAAACGACGACGCUGCCAACACAGACGCUAGUAGUGAUAAUCAUGAGAAGACUGUCGAAGGGGGGGAUAUGUCUACAGAUGAAAUCUCUCAUGAUGAAGGUGGAAAGCACCAGAAAAAGCGUAAUGACAAUAAUAAUAAUAAUAAUAAUAGGAAGAGGAAAAUCUCAGAUGACAACUCAAUGAAACCAAAAUGCACAGAUGACGCUGGUGAUAAUGAUGAACCUAUCGGAGAAGAGAAGAACGAUAAAGACGAUACUGUUGUGGCGGCGGCGAACACAGCAGAUGCGGAUGAAGAGACAAAAUCAUCGUUAUCGAACUCUUCUUCUUCUUCUUCCUCUGUGAAAGAUACUUCUCGAAGACAGUCGAAAAGAUCAAAGAAGGAGGUUUCAGAAGAUUUGAAACCGUCUAGUAAGGAUAAAUUAAGUAUUCUGAAGACACCGAUAGCUCCUCCGGAUGACUUAGGUUGUCUAUCAUUUUAUGAUUGUUUGUUGAUUACAAUUCUGCAGAAAUUAUCCAAUCCAGAAAUACGUCAACACUAUUUUGGUAGAUUUCUAAUUGAAGCACCUUUAAUAACCCCUGGAGCAAUCAAUGAAUUAAAACGGUAUUGUUCAUUACCGGAACAAGCAACUUAUGGCUUUGAGGUUCUACGUACACUCAUUGAAACACGUUCAAUCGCUCAAAGAGAAGAUAUGCUUAAUAUGUUACUACAUUUUUGUUCUGUUGAUGGACUGGAAGUACGUAAAGCAGCACUGACAGCUACAAGAGAAUUGGCUAACUCUGAUUCUCGUUGGCAAGAACAUAUAGAGAUGUUUGCUGUACAAAUGCUUAAAAAAUUGUUACAACCACGUCCAACUCCAGAUAUCUUUCCAUUUCUUAAUCAUGCUUCAAUACCCUCAACAUGGACAGAUGAAGCAUGUCAAGCGUGUGCACAUUUAUUUCUUGGUUUGAUGCCACAAAGUCCAUCACUUAUGCAUAAGUUAGCUGAAGUCUAUACUCAGGCUAGUCCGAAUAUUAAACGAUGUCUACUAAGAAUGGUGGAUUCUCCAAUCCGAGAUAUUGGUAUCUAUUCAGUUGACUUACAAAAUCUAGUCGACGAGUGUCCAACUGGUGCUGAAACGCUUAUCACACGUAUGAUACACAUUUUGACGGAUUCCCCAUCAGCUGUUUCAGCCAGUCAUCUAGCAGCCAAUAGCAGCUCACACACUACCACAAAUUCAUCAUCUGUCACUGCUGCUGCUAAAACACACGCUUUACCUCAAAGUCCUCCACCUGCCGCUGCUCAAACAUCCUUAUCAGCAACAACAACAUCCAUGGUUGUUGGACCAGCAGGUGUUAUUGUACCACCACCAUCUCUAGUCAGUCGUGUCUAUAGUCUGUAUGAAGAAAGAAUACACGAUGUCCGGUGUCUUAUUCCUGUUAUCGUUGGUUUAACUAAACAACAAGUUAUUGCCGCUUUACCAAAAUUAGUACAGCUGAAUGAGAAAGUUGUUAAAGAAGUAUUACAUCGUUUACUUCAUGCUAGUGUAUCUACUCAGUAUGCUCCAGUAAAUAAAGGCGUUAAAAAUAUUCCUUUUGAUCCAACUGGUAAAUCUCCACCACCUGGUCCACUGAAACCUGAAGAAUUGUUAGUUGCUGUGCAUUUAUUAGAAUUUGCUAGAGAUCCUACAGCUCAACCGUUGAAUGAAGGAAAACCAACAAAACCCUAUGUAAAUCUCCAGUCUAUCCUGCAUGCAUGUCGUGUUUGUUUUUCUGAGCGUCGUUUAUUUACUCAAGAACGUUUGUCAGUUGCAAUUGGACAACUCUUAGAACAACCUGUACUGCCCACUUUGUUUAUGCGUACUGUAAUGCAAGCGUUAGCUUUACAUCCAAGAUUAACUGGUUAUGUGAUCAAUGUGUUGGUUCGGCUAAUACGUAAACAGGUAUGGAAAAGUGAAAAACUAUGGGAUGGGUUUAUCCGUUGCUGUGUUAAAACUAGACCACAAAGUUAUCAAGUCCUGUUACAAUUACCACCGGAUCGAUUAGAAGCUGUAUUCCGAUGGGAACCAGCUAUGCGUGCUCAAGUGAGACGUUAUGUAGAGAAUUUCUCUUCAGCUCAGCGUAUUCAUAUUUCAAAAGCAAUUGUUGAAGUCCUAGAGCAUGUACCUACACCACCUCGUGUACCGACACCUGAGGAUCAAUCGAAACCGGAUACCGUUGUUGUUGGUGACGGUGGUGGUGCCGGUGACGAUAAUAGUACAGAAGUUAAAGAACAAAACACCGCUCAAUCUGGAAACAACAGUCCAACAUCAUCAGGUCCAGGUACACCCACACGUGAUGAAAUGUCACACUAUGAUACACCGUCAUCAUCAUCAUCAUUUAUUCCAGCUGCAAUGUUCAAUCAACCUUCUUCUUCUAAUAUCCCUGUGAUGAAUAUAAAUACGGCUACAUCCAGUGGGAUAGAUAAUCAAUAUCAUCAAAUCCCUUCAUUGAGUGGAUCGAAAAAUCCUAUACAACAACAACAACAAUUCGCCACUGGAUCAUACAAUCCACUGUCUAGUCAAUCAAACCUGCUUAAAACAACAACAGCAGCAGCAACAACCACUAUCACCACAAUGACGGGAACACCACUGACGACUGUGUCUGAUAUGCCUGGCAGUGGUGGUGGUGAUACACAAGUAGAUCCAACUGUAGAGGAAUUAUUCGAAGAUGAUUAUCACCGUCAGUCGUCCUCUUCAGCACAACCACCACCAACAGGAGAAGGAUCAGUUUCACAACUGGAUGAUGACUAUGAUAAUAUGAUGAAUCAUUCACCGCCUCAAAUCACAAUGGAUAUAUCACAUCAAUUGAAAAAGAAUAUGAAGUCGAAGCCAGCUUUAGUUCUACAAGAAAUGGAUAAUGAACAAUUGGAUUUUGAAGAAAAUUCUGAUCCAAUCAGUGAAUCAGACGCAUCAAAUCGACAGAUUCAUCAACAAUCCUACCAUUAUCGUCAUCAUCAUCAUCAUCCUCAUGAAGAACAACACCUCGACAAGGAUUCUAAUGCUGGCGACGAUUAUGGUGGUGGUGGUGAUGAUGAGGAUGAUGGUGAACCUCCAAUACUCCCCACAUCUACUAGUUCUAGUUUAAAACGUUGGCGUGAAAGUGAAGAUACUGCUUCAAGGAGUGGUGGUGGUACAGCAGCAGCAGCAGUCGGAGAAAUGUUGAACAAACAAACCGAUGAACGAAGUCAAGAUCUUUUACAGACUAAUCCAUCUUCAGGGAUUUCUACUGGUGGUGGUAGUAUAUCGAUUAGCAGAGGAAAACGUCCAGUCGAUGUAAAUAAAUUGGAAGCCGACAGGAAACGUUUAGAAGAAGAGGCAGUUAAAUAUAAACAAUUAAAGGCGGAGAGAAGACAGCAACAACAACACCGUAAACAACACCAAAACCAACAACAGCAACACCAACAGUCCUCAUCUGGUGCACCUGGAUCAGAAUAA